AAGGCGUGGCUCAAGAUGGACGAAGAGGGCGCUUGCACCGCGGUGUCCAUCGAGAAGCACAGGCUGGCGAGCAUGCUCCGGGUCCCCAUGCGCGACUUGCGCAUGCUGGAGCCCAACUUCAGCAACUCGUACAGCGCGGCGAUCCUGUGUCGCGAGCGGUGCAUCGUCCUGCACCUCGAGCAGGUCCGUUUGCUCAUCACCGCCGAGGAGGUGUACCUGCAAGACGGCCGAAACAGCAGCGUGACCAAGUACCUGCCCGAGCUGCAGCGGCGGCUGCUGAUGCGCAAGCUCAAGCUCAUGGACUCGCACGGCGAAGGCUCGCUUCGAAGGGCGCUCAGCAUCCAACGCGGCGGGGAUGCGCCGCGGCAGGAGGAGCUCCCCUUUGAGCUCAUCGCGCUGGAGGUUGCUCUCGAGAUCGUAUGCAACUCGCUGGAGGCGGAGCAGAGGGAGACGGUGACGGAAGCCAAAGCCGGCCUGGAGGGUUUGCGCAAGAAGGUGAACACGAACAACCUCGAGCGCGUUCGCAGGGUCAAGUCGCGAGUCACCCGCCUCACCGGUCGGGUCGCCAAGGUGAGGGAGGAGAUCAAGCGAUACCUAGACGACGACUCUGACAUGAGGGACAUGUAUCUCACCAGGCGCCUGCUCGCCGAGCUCUUCGGAGGCGCCGAGGCGCGGGGCGGCGGGAUGGGCGGGAUGGGCGGCGAGCACCAGCAGACCCCGGGAGGCGGCAUCGAUGAGGACAAGGACCUCCAGGAGGUUGAGGAUCUCCUCGAGACGUACUUCACGCACAUCGACAGCACCUUCGCCGAGUUGCAAGCGUUGGACGAGUACAUCGACGACACCGAAGAUUUCGUCAACAUCGAGCUCGACUCGCAGCGGAACCAGCUCAUCAAGCUCGAGCUGGUGCUCACCACCGCGACGCUGUUCAUGACCAUGUACGGAGUGGUGGCGUCGGUGUUCGGCAUGAACGUUCGCAAUGGAGCGGAGGAUUCGAAGGCUUCGUUCGUCGUCAUCAAUGUGGUGUGUUCCGUGUGCACCGUGCUCGCGUUCGUGCUCGCGGUGACGUACAUCAGGUACAAGCGGAUCAUGUGA